CUGAGUGGCUGCUUUUUUCAGCGAGCUCCUGCUGUUGGACUCCUAGACACAGAGACAGCUCAGCCAGUAAGCGAGUGCUGUUGUUGGACUCUGAGCCAGUCAGCUAGUAUAGCAGUUGGACUACUUAACACCGAAAGAGCUCAGCCAGUCUACUGCUGGACACCUGCACACAGGCAGUCUGUCAUAUAUCGCUGCUGGUGUUGCCGCGUUGUCAAACACUUGCCGUAGCUUGGGGAGGGUGCAUGAAGCAGCCACUAAUACAUCAGGAGAGACGGAGCAAAGCAAGGCACUUAGAGGGAGCACACUAUUCACUAUGGCAUCCAACUUCAAUGAUAUUGUAAAGCAAGGUUAUGUAAAAAUCAGAAGCAAAAAGCUCGGGAUUUAUAGGCGCUGUUGGUUAGUAUUUAAGAAAGCUUCCAGCAAAGGUCCAAGAAGAUUAGAAAAGUUCCCUGACGAAAAAGCUGCCUACUUCAGAACCUUUCAUAAAGUAACCGAACUGCACAAUAUCAAAACUAUAACACGGCUGCCUCGAGAGACCAAGAAACAUGCAGUAGCAAUUAUCUUUCAUGAUGAGACUUCAAAGACAUUUGCCUGUGAGUCAGAACUGGAAGCUGAGGAGUGGUGCAAGUGCUUGUGUGUGGAGUGCCUAGGAACCAGACUUAAUGAUAUAAGCCUUGGGGAACCAGAUCUACUAGCUGCUGGGGUACAAAGGGAACAAAAUGAACGGUUCAAUGUGUAUCUCAUGCCCACACCAAAUUUAGACAUCUAUGGAGAGUGCACAAUGCAGAUCACACAUGAAAAUAUCUACCUGUGGGAUAUUCACAACGCAAAAGUAAAGCUAGUAAUGUGGCCUCUAAGCUCUUUAAGAAGAUAUGGCAGAGACUCAACAUGGUUUACUUUUGAGUCCGGAAGAAUGUGUGAUACAGGAGAGGGGCUGUUUACAUUUCAGACAAGAGAAGGAGAAAUGAUCUAUCAGAAAGUCCAUUCUGCUACAUUGGCGAUAGCAGAGCAGCAUGAAAGGCUAAUGAUAGAACUGGAGAAGAAAGCAAGACUUCAGACUAGUACGACUGAACCAAUGACACUGUCCAAGUCCAUCUCACUUCCCCGGAGUGCCUACUGGCACCAUAUCACCAGACAAAACAGUGUUGGCGAAUUCUACAGUUUACAAGGUAACAGUUUCAGUACAACAAAGAUGUCUCGUGCACAGACAUUUUCCAGCUACUCCUCUGAGUCGUGGAAGAAGUACCAGCAGCCCUUGUCGGUGUUUAGCGGCUAUGAAUCCAUCUACUGCUCGUGCAUCCUCUAGUGACAUUCAGAAGUCAAUUGACUAUAGAGACAAUGUUAACUGGAACCUGAAAGUUGGAUCAGGAAGUCAUCUGCAUCCUGUGCAUUCAAGGAAGAUGAGUUACAUUGAAAGCAGAGACCGAGGUUACCAAAUAGACAAUUAAGAAACUGGAGACCAUGUUUCUAUUUUAUGUAUUUAUUUUUUAGUCUUCUGUAUGUUGUUGGAGUUCUGUUUAAUUGCUUUUACAAGCAGUCGCAAACAAAUGCUACAAGCUACGUUCAUUAACAUGUGAUCUAUGACUGACUGUGCUAUAGAUCCCCAACCUAAAUCAUGUACUUUGUUUUUA